AACAAUCUCGUCGACAAGUGCUGAGCAGAAUAUACACGGUGUUAUUCUGCUGAUUUCACGCUGUAAAAUGUUGGCUAAUUUACUGAACCCCCAUCUACCAAAGAUUCGUGUACCACAAGGUGGCCAAAAAGUCUACAAGGAUGAGUGUGCCUACUCGUUUGACACACCGGAAAGUGAAAAUGGCCUGUACAUCUGCAUGAGCACAUUUCUUGGACUGGGCAAGAAGCAUGUAGAGAGACAUUACAGAAAGACUGCAUCUAGCUGUGCAGUUUAUCUACGGAUAAAGAGAGUCAGAAAAGAGAUUCCACAGUCCGAAGAAGAUAAAGAGAGCAAACCCACCAAGCUGGCCAUAGGCAUUGAAGGAGGAUUCAGUGUGGAAGAGAAGAAAUUCAAGUUUGAGGAAACAACAUCAAUUGUGGUUCUUCCUGACUGGAAAGAAAUCCCUCUCCCAUGUGAUGAGCUACCAGACAUUGUUGCACUGUCAGUAGCGGGAAUUCUUGGCGCAGAAGAUGCUUGGAAGCUUGAGGAGGCAGCUGCAAUGGCGGGUACCUGGGAUGGGGAGAAGCGCAUCAUCUCAAAGUAUGCUGAGUCUCUACAACAGUUAGACAAUGGGAAGAAGAUCCCACCUACAGGCUGGAAGUGUGAGCAGUGUGAUUUGACCUCUAACCUCUGGCUGAACCUCACGGAUGGCAGCAUCCUCUGCGGCAGGAAGUUCUUUGAUGGGAGUGGUGGUAAUAACCAUGCCUUGGAGGCUUACGCCAAGACCAAGUACCCACUGGCUGUCAAGCUGGGCACUAUAACACCCAACGGGGCAGAUGUUUUCUCUUACGAUGAAGAUGACAUGGUGGAGGACCCUUUUUUAGCCAAACAUUUAGCUCACUGGGGAAUAAACAUCGCAGCCAUGCAAAAGACAGAGAAAACAAUGAUCGAGAUGGAGAUUGAUCUGAACCAGAAGGUUGGAGAGUGGGACGUGAUCCAGGAGGCGGGCAAUAAACUCAUCCCAGUCUAUGGACCUGGACUCACUGGCAUCCGUAACCUUGGCAACAGCUGCUAUAUGAACUCCGUCAUGCAAAUCCUCUUCACAGUCCCAGACUUUCAGAAGCGAUAUGCAGAGGCUGCUGAAAGGAUAUUUGAUGACGCGCCCAGUGACCCUACAUCUGAUUUCAACACUCAAAUGGCAAAGUUUGGUCACGGUUUGCUGUCAGGUGACUACUCUCAGCCAAUACCAGAGGGGACAGAAGACAAAGUUCAGGCCCCCAGAGGAAUCCGUCCUCAGAUGUUCAAGUCAUUGAUUGGUCGCGGUCAUCCAGAGUUCUCCACCAAACGACAACAAGAUGCUCAAGAAUUCCUCCUCCACAUCAUUAAUGUCAUAGAGAGAAACAGUCGAGGGACAGAAAAUCCAACUGACAGCUUCAAGUAUGAGGUAGAGGAGAGGGUCCAGUGUGGGGGGUCGAGCAAGGUGCGCUAUAGUAAACGUUCAGAGUACCUGCUCUCAUUGAACAUCCCCCUAGAGGCUGCUGUAAACAAAGAUGAAGUCUUGGCCUAUGAAGCAAAAAAGCAACAGCUGGCAGUAGAGUCAAAGAAAAUAGAUCCAUCAGAAAUAGUUCGUCCCCAAAUUCCUUUACAGUCAUGUAUAGAAUCUUUCGCUGCCACAGUGAUUAUAGAUGAUUUCUACAGCUCAGCUCUCCAGUCCAAGUGCAAAGCUCAGCAAACAACCAGAUUGUCAACAUUUCCAGACUUCUUAGUGAUUCAGUUAAAAAAGUUCACCAUAGGAGAGGAUUGGGUGCCCAAGAAGUUAGAUGUCUCUGUUGAUGUCCCCGACACUUUGGACCUGUCUCCUCUCAGGGGUCAGGGUAUGCAGCCAGGGGAGGAAGAGUUGCCAACAGAACAGACAGAUGAACCAGAGAUUCAGAUUGACGAAUCCGUUGUCACUCAGCUAACAGAAAUGGGGUUUGCAAGGGAAGGCUGUCGAAAAGCAGUAUACCAUACAAAAAAUACAGGUGUAGAAGCUGCCAUGAACUGGGUGAUGGAGCAUAUGGGAGACCCAGAUUUUGAAGUUCCCCUUCAGCUUCCCAAAAAGUCAAAAGAUUCCUUUUCACCCAAUGAAGAAGCAGUUGCUAUGAUUGUCUCCAUGGGAUUUACCAUUGAACAAGCAUCUAUGGCCUUGAAAGCAACUGAUAACAAUGUGGAGAGGGCAGCCGAUUGGAUAUUUAGUCAUGCAGAUGAGCUGACUCAGCCAAUGGAAACAGAGUCUACAGGAGCCAAUGAACAGGCACCAAAGUUCAGAGAUGGACACGGGAAGUACAGACUGGUUGGCUUCAUCAGUCAUAUGGGUACGUCCAGUCUGGUGGGACAUUAUGUCUGUCACAUCCUCAAGGAUGGACAGUGGGUGAUAUUCAAUGAUGAGAAAGUGGCACUAUCGGUGAAUCCUCCUAAAGACUUGGGCUACCUGUACCUCUACCAGAGAGAAGAGUGAUUCCGGCACUGUGGCUAUGAUGCAUUCCAUGGUAGAGGGAGGAUGGCAUAAACCUUACCCAGCUGCUGACUUGUGUACCCCCAUAAAUCAGAAUGGAAGUGUCCGUACAACAUUGCAUCUAUGAUUUACACCGUACAUGACGUAAUUUCUGCUGACAGAACCUUCACUGAUUGUCUUAAAGCUCACGAGAUGAACAUAGCCUUCCUGACAUCCGACUUGUCCGGCUGCAUGAUGCCUGUGUAUGCUUGUAACUUGCUUGCACAUGCUUUCAGUUCUACUAGUGCUAUAGAAGUGGACAAUGUCCAGUGCUGUGUUACUACAUCAUGACUAUUGCUAAAGUGUACAGUGGGAAGUUAUGACUUCUUGUCAUAUCUCACCCCUUUAUAUAAUGCCUCACAACACUUGUGUAUUCACUGUUUUCAAUUUCAUUGUAAUAAACGUUAGGACAAAGCAACAUGUAUAUGUCGGGCAAACUUAAGUUAUAAUAGUAAGAUGCGCAUCUGUUAUACAGAAUAUGUUUUGUGCAGCUGUACAUAGGGAUUAACAUGGAUUGUGCUUGGAUAUCUACAAAGUGCUGGUCUAAGGACAAUUCAGCCCAUAGUUUACAGUUAGCUGCAUUAAUUCUAUCAUCUGUCUUCGUACUGGCAUAUGAUGGGAUGUUCCCGUAUAAUACUGUGCUGAUGAAACAGGCCUCUUCUUACGUCAGUUCCUGAUCUGUCCGACUCGUUGUCAUAUGCAUGAGGUAAUGGUAAUUAAACAGUGAACUGAUAACAUUUCGUUUCUUUGCUGGCGUCAUAUUAGAUAUGAACCAGCAUAAAAACGAAAGGCAUUUCUUUGUUUAAUAACUUCUGCUAAUUUAAGGCUAGUAUAAAAUUCGUCAGUGCCCCGAUUUUUAGUGAGUAGUGUGUGAAUGAUAGUAAUUUGAACAUAUCCUUUUGACAGGUACAGUGAGCCAUCGUAGUUACUGUCAACUAUGUCCAGGAUUGCUUUGUGGUGCAUUACUUGGUUUCAAAUCCACAACUGGCAGUUGAAACCCAAACCCACGACCUACCUACUGAGCCUUUGAACAGAAAAAGUUGUUCAGGAAUGAGACUCAGAAAAAAUAUCGUUUAGUGGACAAAAAAAUAGAAGUAAUGUGUCUUGAUUUAUUUGAUUGGUGUUUUUUU